GUCCUAUAUUUAGCUUCCACAAACUCUGUCAAAGAAAAAAAAGAGGAAACAGUUGAGAGCCUUCCAGGAUCUUAUCGUUUACAGGCCAGAAAACCAGUUUUGAUGGCAACAAAUGAUUAUGAAAGUGUGUUGAAGAUGUUGGAGGAAAUAACAACAAAUGCUCGACAAAUCCAAGAGCAGUUAUUGGGUGAAAUACUGAGUAAAAAUGCUGAAACUGAGUAUUUACAGGGAUUCCUCCAUGGCCAAACCGACAAGCAACUCUUCAAAAAAAACGUACCCAUUGUUACUUACGACCAUAUCAAGCCUUACAUUGAUCGUAUUGCUAAUGGGAAGGCAUCAUCUGAUAUACUUUUAGUUGAACCCCUCAUCGGGUUCUCAUUAAGCUCCGGGACUUCGGGUGGGCAACCAAAGCUGAUACCUAUCACGGCUGAAAGUGCUAACGUAACGGCGGCGUUGGGUAACUUGCACCUGUCUUUGAUGAUCAAGCACUUUGGUGACCUAAGCCAAGUUGGUAAAAGAAUGGAACUUUUGUUUGCCAAACCAGACGUUGAAACGCCUUCUGGCCUCAAGGCAAGUGCAGUCACAACGAGAGCAUUCAAGGAGAGUAGCUUUCAAGCCAUUUUGCCCAAGCUUUACACUAGCCCUUAUGAGACUAUUUUUUGCCCGGACACCAAACAAAGCACGUACUGUCAGUUACUUUUUGGUUUAAUACAACGUGACGAGGUCGUGGUGAUUGGCUCAAUCUUCGCAGCUACGGUUUUAAGAGGUAUCAAGUUCAUAGAAAAUAACUGGCGAGAGCUAUGCUCUAAUAUAAAAACAGGUAAAAUAAGUGAUUGGAUCACAGACUCGGGAUGCAGAAAAGCAGCAUCAUUGAUCUUGAAGCCUAAUCCCAAAUUGGCUGACUUGCUAGAAGACACAUGUAGUUGUAAAUCAUGGGAAGGAAUAGUGAGAAAGCUAUGGCCUAAAACAAAGUACAUUGGUACCGUAUGUACAGGUGCCAUGCUACAAUUUUCUGCAGAACUUGAGUUCUAUUGUGGUGGGCUACCAUUAGUGUCAGGUUUUUAUGCUUGCUCGGAAGGUGCCAUCGCGAUCAACAUAGAACCUCUAUCUAAACCUUCAGAUGUCUCUUACACAAUCCUCCCCAAUACGGUUUACUAUGAAUUCCUUCCGAUCAAAGAAGACUGUGUUACAGAUUCCCAAAACCAGGUUCAGUUAAACACGUCUCGCCAUAAAGAUACCGAAACUGUUGAUCUUGUAAACGUGAAGCCUGGUCAAUGUUAUGAAAUUCUUGUCACAUCUCCUACAGGAUUAUAUCGAUAUAGAGUCGGAGACAUUAUUAAGGUGACCGGUUUCCACAACAAUACACCUCAGUUCCAAUUUGUUGGGAGGCAAAACGUUGCUCUAGGCGUCGAUAUGGAAAGAACAAGUGAAGCAGACAUCUUAAAGGCAGUGGCAGAAGCAAAGGCACUUCUCGAUCCGUUCGGACUCAUCUUAACAGAAUACACUAGCUACGGUGAUACAUCUUCAACACCAGGCCACUAUGUCAUAUUCUGGGAGAUUAAGCCAAAAGAAGGCAACAACAACAACGACAACGGCAAAGAACUUGACCCAAAGGUAAUGGAAGAAUGUUGCUCUAAAAUGGAAGAUUCAUUGCAUUUUACAUAUAGAAUGUAUAGGAAAGAAAACAUAAUUGCAGCUUUGGAGAUUAGGGUUGUUAAACAAGGAGCUUUUGAGCUAUUACUGGAUUACUUUGUGUCCAAUGGAGCUUCUUUGAGCCAAUACAAGACACCUAUUUGCAUCAAAUCUAAAGAAGCUUUAAAUAUAUUGGAUUCAAGAGUUAUAGCCAAGUUUUUCAGCCCAAGAACUCCUAUACAAGACAACUAAUCCUUGCAAUGUUUUCCAGAGAAAAUAAUAGAACUCAUUUCUUCUUAAUUUA